AUGUCUCAAUCGUUUAUCCUUGGCAGUGACUCGCUAGUCAGCCAUGCCUUCAAUGGUGAUGGCACAGAAUUAGCCCUCUCUGUGAAUACCAGUGAUGUCUAUGUACUCAGUGUUCCUAAUUCCUCCAGUGGGCGAUAUCAGCUGAUUGACGUACUCCGGGAACAUAGUGCAUUGGUUACAAGUAUAGACUGGGCAAAACAAACAAAUAGGAUUGUUUCAUGUUCUGCGGAUCGAAAUGCCUAUGUGUGGAAUAAGCAAAGAGACAAUAAAUGGAAGCCCACACAGGUUAUCCUGUCGAUCGAUAGAGCCGCAGUAUGUGUGAAAUGGUCUCCACUUGAAGACCGCUUCGCUGUAGGAAGUGGCUCUAGGCUUUUGGCUGUUUGUUGUUUCGAUGAAGAGAAUAAUUGGUGGUUGAGCAAGAAAAUCAAAAAGCCAAUAAGAUCUACUGUACUCUGUGUUGAUUGGCAUCCAAAUAACGUUCUUAUAGCUUGCGGAUCUAGUGAUUUUCACGUCAGGAUUUUCUCGGCCUACGCAAAGUCUGGUCCUUCGGAGUCGAUAUGGGGCAAACACACUCCACUCGGUUGUAUGCUGUUCGAUCACUACGAUGGAGAAGGUGGUUGGGUUCUUAGCGUUUCAUUUUCUGCAGAUGGGAGUAAAUUGGCUUGGAUGAAGCAUAAUUCAAUAAUAUUUGUUGCUGAUGCAAGCAUCAAUGAUGGUAAAGGGUCUACGGCUUUUGUUGCUCGUCUUCGGACUGAUUUUUUGCCUUUCAUUAGUUGUAUUUGGAUUGGACCAUCAACUUUUGUUGCAGCUGGCUAUGAUUGUUGUCCUAUGGUAUUUAGGUAUACUGACAAGUCAAUAAAUUUCAUUCACCAGUUGGAUGUCAAAGGUGAAUCUCGAUUUGGUGGGAAGCUGACGGCUAUGAAGAAGUUUCAGGAUAUUGACCGCUUGGCCACAGCCGAUAAUACCAGCUCACGUCUACCGACAAUUCAUCAAAAUUGCAUUAAGUACGUCCAGCAGCUUCAUUUGUUUUUAAAUGUACCAUCCCAGUUGGCUGACAUUCCAAAUUAACUCUCUCCUGGACUUUCUUUGUAUUUAAGCUUCUUCGUAAUGAUGCUUUGUCGCCCGUGUUUGACCUUUUACAUGACACAUUCAGAAAGUGUAUUGUUGAAAAAUACUUGUGUAAAUGCUUAAUGGAAUUUAGCUGCAUAACCAAAGCUAUGUAUCAGCUUGCUUGUUCAAGUUAUUACUCUGUAAAGAAGUACGGCAAAGUAAAAUCAAUAGAAUACCAAACGACAUGUUGACCAUUAUCACGAGAUAAUAUGUGUAAAACUUUGACACUGUGGUAGAAUGCAAUUCCAUAUUAGAUUUGAUUAUUCGAUUUAUAGCGCACAGUGAUACAGUAUUAUUUACUUGAUGACGUUUCUACCAUAAAUUAUCAUUCAUAAUCACAUCGAUGUAA